AUGCACCGAGAUUCCAGCCCCCCCGCAUCGGCUGCUGGACCCGACCUUGGCCUCAUCUUCGACCGCUCUCCCCUCGCUCUGCUCACUCUCUCGUCGUCGCGGUGUAUAACGAGGGCAUCUCCCCGCUUCCUGACGGGCUGGCGUGUAGCUGCCGCCGACUGUGUCGGCCAGCCGCUGCUUCCACCCACCUACCUUGCCCACCUGAGCGCCGCAAUUGACGGCGCCAUCGCCUCCCGCGCCGAGCGCACCAGCACACCCAUCAAGACAAGGCAUGGCUCUUCUUGGACCGCCCGGGUAAUACCCGUCUUCGACGGCGACGAGCUGCUGUCCGUCAUCCUCGAGUGGCGCGAGGGUUCGCCCAGUUCAUCGGAGGAAGAGCCGGUUCAAGGCCUCUCAAUCGACGAGGCCUUUCGCAUAUUUGUGCAAGGCGUGAAGGACUAUGCCAUCUUCCUUCUGGACACGAAUGGCUGUAUCGCCACAUGGAAUACCGGCGCCCAGCUUCUCAAGGGAUACACGCGGGAUGAUAUCAUCGGGAAGCACUUCUCCAUCUUCUACAGCAAGGAGGAUGUCGAGAACAAGAAGCCUGAGAUGGAACUGGAGAUUUGUCUGCGAGAGGGUCGGGUGGAGGACGAGGGUUGGCGGUAUCGGAAGGAUGGCCGCCGCUUCUGGGCCAACGUGGUCAUCACGGCCGUCUACAGGAAUGGUGUGCAUGUCGGCUUCGGCAAGGUCACGCGCGACCUGUCAGAGCGCAAGUCGACCGAGUCACGCCUCAUCGCCGCGUACGAGGAGAGCGAAAAGCUCAAGUCGGAUUUCCUGGCCAACAUGAGCCACGAGAUCCGUACGCCCAUGCACGGCAUGUUGUCGGCGUGCACCCUGCUCCUUGACACGCCGCUAUCGGCGAGCCAGCGUGACAUCGUCAGCAUCAUGGACGAGUCCGGCCAGGUCCUGCUGCAGGUUAUUAACGACAUCCUCGACUAUUCCAAACUCACCUCUGGCAGCUUUUCGAUCCACUCCGACGUUGUCGGCGUCACGAGCAUCGUCACCUCGGUGGUCCGCAGGAUACAAACCACUCUUCCGCCGUCGGUACACUUCGAGCUCUUCCUGUCGCCUGAUCUCCCUCGGUCGGUGCAAGGCGAUCCUCUACGCUAUCGCCAGAUACUCCAGAACAUAGUUGGGAACGCGGCCAAGUUCACCGAGAGGGGUAGCAUCCAGAUCAGAGCCUCGGUGGAGAGCGACGACGAGGACAACUGUACGAUCCUGACCGAGGUGACCGACACCGGCAUCGGGGUUCCAGAAGCGGCUGCCACCAGUCUAUUUACACCCUUCACCCAAUUCGACGCCACAACCACCAAGCGAUACAAGGGUGCCGGCCUGGGUUUGUCGAUAGCCAAGUCACUCACUGAGCUGAUGGGCGGCAGAAUUGGGUACCGGCCCAACCCCGAGCGCCACGGCAGCGUGUUUUGGUUCACAGCAAGGUUCAACAAGAUCAAAAGUCUUGACCAGGUGCAAAGCUGGAGAACGACGAUGCGGGGGGAAUAUAGAACCGGUACACCCCCGCCUGAUUCCGACCUCGAGAAUCUCCGGGAGGAGCUCAGGAUGGUGUCUUCGAUAAAGAACUUGCUCGUGGUCGAGGACAACCUGAUCAACCAGAAGGUUAUCAUCGGCAUGCUUCGUUCGCUCGGUUUCAAGAACAUCGGCCUAGCGGUCAAUGGCAAAGAAGCGGUUAAGAUGGUGCGCGGAAAGCCGGCUGCCUAUGAUUUGGUGCUCAUGGACAUCAACAUGCCGAUUAUGGAUGGGCACCAGGCGACGAGGCACAUCCGUUCGGGCGGCAUCCUCGUACCGAUCGUCGCCAUGACGGCAUACGCACUGAAGGGCGACAAGGAGAAAUGUCUGGAUCACGGCAUGAACGACUACAUCACAAAGCCGAUCAACAGGGCGCGCCUGAUCACGGUGCUUGGCAAGUGGCUUCUGCGGACGGUAGACUAUCGCAAGACCUUCGAGGAGCGGCUUUCUGAGCUCAGGCCCUCAACUGCCGCUUGUGCCAAGUGGAUCGUCACCAGCUUUAUCCGGCUUGUCACCAGCGUUGAGCCCGGAUCCAACCCAGCAGGAGAAGGAGGCAUCACCUGCGGUGGAGGCGAAUGA